GCGGGGGCGCGCACAACGGUUGGAAAUGGCGGUUGAGGCGGAGGCGGGGCUGGGGGAAGGCGAGUCUCGGCUCUCCCUGUCUCGGGCGACCCCGCUUGGCGGGACGGGAGCCGGUGGCGCCUCUCCGGGUUGCCGCCUCGUCCCUGACGCCCGGUUUCGGGGCUGGGAAAACUGUGGACGGCCCCACGGAACAAAGGAGGGGCCGCGGAGGGCUGCGGCGCGGGCACAGGAAGGCUCCCUAAGAUGGCGGCCGCCGCGCGGGAGGGUGGGCGGGGCCUGCGGCUUCCGUCGCGGGCCUGGGCGGGACGGGGCUGACGGCUGGCACCCAUGGCUGCCGCGCGGGAGCCCCAGGAGCCGGAGAAGAAGACCUUUAAGCUCCUGGGAAUUUUAGAUGUUGAGAACAUUCCAUGUGCACGAGAAUCUAUACUCUAUGGCUCAUUAGGAUCUGUUGUGGCUGGACUUGGACAUUUCUUAGUGACCAGUAGAAUUAGAAGAUCAUGUGAUGUUGGAGUAGGAGGAUUUAUCCUGGUGACUUUAGGAUGCUGGUAUGUUUGCUGGAUAUUCCAGGAAAUUCAGAUUUCUUUUGAGACAGGGUUUGUGUCCUGGCUCUCCUGGAACCAGGCUGGUCUUGAGCUCCCAAGUGUUAGGAUUAAAGGUGUGCAUCGCUACCACCUUCAGAAAUCAUUGGUGGGCAGGUGUUUUCUCUGUGCUCCUGCCUCCUCCCCUGAGUGCUGCUGGGAUUAAAGGCAUGAGCCACCACACUCAGCUAAGCAGUUAUUUAUCAAAAUCUGUCCUAUGACUAUUGAAUGUUUGAACAGAUGAAUGGCAGAAUAAUCAUGUUCUACAACAGAUACAAUUAAUCUAAGGUGACUUAAGUUUACAUUUUAUGUACUUGUACAUUUGUAUUUUGAAAGAACACCUUUAAAUACAGCUUCAGGUUAGUCAUUUUGGAAAUCUGUAUAAAACUACUUAAAAUCCCUUAGGUUAUUCAUAUAGGAACUAGUAAUUUAUUCAUUUUUCCUUCUUACAAGGUUCCAUUGUAGGUAUAAUUUUGCUAAGCAAAGAAUCCAAGAAAGAAUUGCCAGAGAAGGAAUUAAGAAUAAGAUUUUAUAUGAAAGCACCCACCUUGAUCCUGAAAGAAAAAUCAAGAGCAAUAACAGCAACUGAGCAACCUUGAGCUUAGAAACCCAGAGAACUACUCCUUUGGAUCAACCACAAAUGUCUUAUUGUAUACAAUAAAAAAGCUCUAAAUGUGUGUGAACUGCAUUGUGUCACUUGCAUGAGAACCUUUUCUGGUCUUGGACGCCAGUACAGUAUGCUUGUUAUACAUCUGUCAAAUGCAAUAAAACAAACAGAAUGAA